GCAUGCGCACUGGGGUUGUUUUGGUUCAGAUCCUGCUCCAGACCCGGAUCAUAACCAGACUAACACCUCCGGGACCCGCAGCCAGGUCAAAGGGCAUGGCGCUCAUCUCUCUGGACGACCUGGAGGGGUUGGACAAUGACAUCACCGACGACAUUAGCGAUGACAUCACAGAGGAGCAGCCAAUGGCAGAGGACCGUCUGCUGUCACACUGGCAACGGGUCGCCUCCACACACCAAGUCUCCGUCCCCACAGAAAUGACCGGCCCCAUCCAUGAAAUGACUCAGAACAGCCAACAGAGGGAGACACUGCCCUAUGCCCCCAUCUCCUCCCACGAGAAGAUGGGCGCUCUGCAGUAUGAGGAGCGCGUGUACCCGGCCGGGCGCUGGGCGUGUGUGACUCGAGCCGACGGACUGUACGAGCAGAGCAUCUCCAUGGCCUUCAUGAAACUGAUGCGCUACAUCUGCAAAGAGAACUCCCUCGGGCGGUACUUGGGGAUGACGGUCCCGGUGGUGAGUCUGAUCCAAAUGAUUGAAGAUGGAUCUGGGUUCCAGAAGUCGGUCCUGACGGGGUUUUUCCUGCCGGCGCAGUAUCAGAGCUGCCCCCCCGCCCCCCUGGACCCCGAGAUCCAAGUCCAGGACUGGGACCCGAUUACGGUCAUCGCCCGGCCAUUCUUCGGGACCACGAACGAGUCCACGGUGCAGAGGCAGAUCUCGGAGCUGUGGGAGGUCCUGGCUGAGUCCGACGGCGUCCGGCGAGAUCGCUACAUGGUCGCUGUGUUCGAAAACCCCGGGGUUCCUCAACGGCGCAACGAGAUUUGGUUCCUCCGAGACCGAAUCUGAGUCCCAGCAUGCACUGCUCUGACCACGCCGAUGUCCAAUCACAGCACGGAUCUGCUCCAGCCCCGCCCCCUCAGAGGAGAUGUCCAAUCACAGCUAAUGUCCCCCCUAACCACGCCAAUCACAGGAGGGAGGCGGAUGGAAGCCCAGCAGAGGAGCUCGAUCCUGGGCAGAGACAGAACCACGUUCCCCUGAGUCAGACCUGCUCCACAUUCCAGACCCGGCACAUUAAAUGGGAUUAAAGAGGGGGUAUGUACGUCUGUGGGGUAUUAAAGAGGGGGUGUGUACGUCUGUGGGGUAUUAAAGAGGGGGUAUGUACGUCUGUGGGGUAUUAAAGAGGGGAAUCGUGUGGAGAUUAAAACAGCGUCUUUUUAAAAACAGAAGCUCCUGGUCCAGACUUUCCUCUUUUUGUGUAAAUAUUUAUCGUGUUUAUCUACAGAAAAAUCCAUAUUUGUCUUUUGUUUCUGUUCAAAUAAAAGUGGAGGUGAUUUUA